GAGCCGCUUUCAUCACGAUUAUGGGGGUGCAUGCCGGGCAUGAGGCGAUAAUGAAGUGCCUACGCAAUGUACAUUGUACUACGUUCAUGUGCUUCUCUCUUUCGAAAUCCUUCAAAAGGAGGCCCAAGCAUGAGCUGGCAGGUCAUCCACCCACUCCCUGCUCGCAUCUGACUGCUCCCCUCCCCUCCCCACACACUUCGAUAACGUCUAUAGUACCAUGCCACUCGAUCGCCAUCCUCGCCGUUCGCGUCGUACUGCUGGUGGGCCACUCCGCCGUGUUGAUCUUCAAGAGGACUCGAACUUCGACAUCAUGGAUUUGAUCUGUCCUCCUACUCCCGAUUCUUCUGCUCAUUCGCCUUCGAACUCUUCAGCCGCCUCAUCUCCCUCCUCGGACACAUACGGCUCUGCUUCACCCUCUCUAUCCGACAACGAAUCACUGCCAUCUCCCCAAACCCGCAAGAAGCAGGGGGAACAUGUCCCCCGUCCUCCUAACGCGUUCCUGAUAUUCCGCUCGUUCUUCUGGUUGGAGGAAAAGAUCAAGGCUACGGCUGAGCGUGACCAUCGCCAGAUCAGUCGAUUGGCAGGUAUUCGCUGGAAGCAGCUCUCAGAAGCUGAAAAGGAACCAUAUAAGAUACGGGCUGAUGCUGUCAAGAAUGCGCACAAGGCUGCCCACCCUGGUUACAAAUACGCUCCCUGCAAGGUGAAAUCGUCCAAAAAGAAAGUUAGUGGUUCUAAGACUGUCGCCGAGCUGUUGCUGUUGGGUAUGGUGGAGGAUGAGAUUGAGAGAGAGGUGGCGCGCCGCCCACGUGUCAAGGUCGAGGAACGAAGGAUUCCUAUUGUAAAGACGAAGCCCCGACCCAAACGUCAAACUAAAAAGCACUCAUUCGCCUCAGAGGGGGAACACUCAGCUGGCUCAUCAUCCGCAGAAUCAUCACCAUCGUCAGGCUUUUCUUCCGACGAGCUGAGGACCCCCGACCUCACCUUUUCGAAGACGAUCUCCGAUGACAUCGACAUCGCACGUUCACCAGAGGUUUCAAAUCUUGAUAUAUGCAACGUAUUGCAGGAAAUGACAUUGACCAAGAGCUCUCCCACCAUUGUGCCUACGGAGUCACUCCCGCAUGUUACGGAACCGAUGUUCCCUUUCCUCAAACCCCAAGCUUCCGCAUUGGCCCAAAGUAUGAUGCUCACUGAGGCCGCUAUUCUAUCCCCAUCGUGGUCACAACUCCCUAUGGCAGGCGUCGAACUCUCCCCUCCGUCCUCAUCAUCCCUAGGGCUCGCCGUCCCUGCCCCCGCCUCGGUACCGCUUGAGCUCAAUCUUCUCACCCUUCCAUUAUAUGGGCCUGAUUUCACCAGCUGUUUCGUCACCGAACCUUCCUUCCUUGCCAACGGAAAUAAUGAAGACUUUUAUUCAUACGGCCUUGCCCACUCGCCUCUCGUACCCUCUGAUGUUUCUGCUCUGGAUGAUGACAUUUUUGCGGAGUGGCUGAAUGAAGGAGUACUCAACGGUACUGAAUAAUUGACAUGAAUGCUUGUUACAUACGACAUCUUCACGGCCUUUUCGACCUCAUUUAGCUUUGAUAUGUAUCUCAGAGGUUCGCUAGUUUUCUUCCUUCGUCUUUUCAUUCACAUUGUACUAUUAGUACGUGACUGUAUCAAUUAUUUGGGGUCGCAACUGUACUUGCAUAGGAUAGGAAGGAUAUACAUUUGUUUUGCGUUGACCGU